CAUUUUUUUUGGCAACCACAGUCAAACCAUUAUCUUCUCUAAUUCCUUCACCAUUGAAACAGAGCAUUCCCCCUUUGACUCCAUGGAUUUCCUGCAAAUCCAUUGUAGAUUCCAUUGCUUUUUCUUUUGCCUCUGCAUCACAAUGCUUGAGCUGGCGAGGACACGUGUCGGUAUCUGUUGCAUUCAAUCCAUCUGGAAAUUUUGAUCUUUAUAUAUAUAUAUAUAUAUCUGAUUUUCGAUCCAAAUAAACAACCAAAACUACCCACCAUGAAUCAGAAUCAGAAUCAGAAUCAAGGUGAUCGAACCAAACCCAACACACAGCCUUCUCACUCCUCCGAGUACGCUCCCUACCCCAAGUUGGACCCUAACGAUGUCGCUUCCCCGGCCCAUGAUUGGACCACCUCCGGCAACUCUGCCACCACCAUGCCUCCCGAGUCCAACCCUUACUUAACUCCCUCUUCGGUCCCUGACUCUUCCAUGAAGAAUACGAUGGAUUCAGUGAAGGACGUGCUUGGGAAAUGGGGAAAGAAAGCAUCUGAGGCGACCAAGAUGGCUGAGGAUCUUGCUGGGAAUAUGUAGCAGCACUUGAAAAUGGGUCCCAGUUUUGCUGAUGCUGCUGUUGGAAGAAUUGCUCAAGGAACAAAAGUUCUUGCAGAAGGUGGGUAUGAGAAGGUCUUUCGACAAACAUUUGAGACUGUUCCUGAGGAGAAACUGUUAAAUUCAUAUGCCUGCUACCUAUCCACUUCUGCGGGUCCAGUUAUGGGAACACUAUAUGUGUCUACUGCAAAACUAGCAUUUUGCCGUGACAAUCCUCUUUCUUACAAAGUCGGUGAUCAGACCCAAUGGAGCUAUUAUAAGGU